AUGGCAAUCUCAGUGUCCAAGAAAAAAACCAAAGCAACCAAAAUGGCGGAGGAGAGACAGGAUUCUUGCUGUUGUUUCUUCAACACCCUCCUGUGCAGAGUCAUUUUCAGGGUCCCUACUGUGAUUCUCCUCUUCAUCCUCAUCUUCUUGUGGUCCUCCUCGACCACUAUCAUAUCAGGAAACAUGGUCCAUGUCUGCAUUUCGUCGCGCAAGCUCAACAACCUCUACUGCCUCUCGGCAGGUGCACAACCCAAUGCCUCCGUGUCCAGCAAAGCUACGCCUAGCACCAUUAAUGGAGAUUCAAAAGAGAUGAUGAAUCCUGUUUCGAAUAUCAAGAAAACCUUUGAUGAUGUACGGGAAGAUGAGGAGGUUGCGAAUGCCAUGAGGUUGGUCGAGGAGCAGAUGGAAAUGCAGCGGUCCUGGAUCUCGCACUCGAACAAUCAGAGUUGCGACGAGAGGGGGAUAUUCGUGUACGACUUGCCUCCAAAGUUCAACAAGGACCUCUUUUCUCAGUGCAACGACAUGAUUCCUUGGACUGAUUUCUGCAGAUACUUCACAAACGACGCGAUGGGCGAGCCGAUACCGAAGCUCGGCAGGAACUGGUACCAGACCCAUCAGUACUCUCUGGAGCCAAUUUUUCACUCCAGAGUUCUGAAACAUCCUUGCAGGGUCUACAAUGAGAAUGAGGCAAAGCUGUUUUAUGUGCCAUUCUAUGGUGGCUUGGACAUCCUGAGAUGGCACUUCAAGAAUGUGACAAAUGAUGUGAAGGACACAUUGGCAUUGGAGCUCAUGAAGUGGCUUCAGCAACGGCGGCCGUGGCUCAAAAACUCUGGCAAAGAUCAUGUUUUUGUGCUGGGCAAGAUCUCAUGGGAUUUCAGGAGAUAUAGAGGCUCCGAAUGGGGAAAUCGGUUCCUAGAGCUUGAUCAAAUGCAGAACCCGAUCAAGAUCUUGAUCGAACGGCAACCUUGGCAUGCAAACGACGUCGGUGUCCCCCACCCCACCAGCUUCCAUCCCCACUCAGAUGACGACAUCGUCUCCUGGCAGCAGAAGAUCAUCGGUUCGCGCCGCAAGUACCUCACGAGCUUCGCUGGGGCCGCGAGGCCUGAAUUGCCCGACAACAUAAGGACGUUGCUGAUUGAACAGUGCAAUUCAGCCGGCGAAGGGAAGUGCCACUCCGGCCAGUGCACCGGUCCCGAGACCGUCAUUGAGCUCUUCACGGAAUCCGAAUUCUGCCUGCAGCCUCCUGGGGACAGCCCGACGAGGAAGUCACUGUUCGACUCCCUCGUGGCGGGCUGCAUACCGGUGAUGUUCGACCCUUUGACGGCGUAUUACCAAUACCCGUGGCAUUUGCCAGAGGACCGCGGCAAAUUCUCGGUGUUCGUGGAUCAGGAGGAAGUGAGGCAGGGGAAGGUGAACGUGGUGGAGAGGUUAAUGAAGAUCCCUGCGCAGGAGAGGGAGGACAUGAGGAGCUACAUUGUGUAUGAACUCGUGCCAGGUUUGGUCUAUGGUGAUUCGGAUUCAAGGUUUAGCAAGUUUCAGGAUUCUUUUACCAUAACAAUGAACAACCUGCUGGAGAGAAUGAGAAGACUAUAG